CUCCGGCGCAGGCGCAAACGCGAACAGGGCGCGCGGCCGGCUUGGCCGUUGGCGGCGCGCGAGUUCGGCGGCUGUUUCUCGUGAGCGCGACCCGGGGCUGAGGCAGCGAGAGCCGGCGCCAUGGUGGAGAAGGAGGAGGCUGGCGGCGGCAUCAGCGAGGAGGAAGCGGCGCAGUACGACCGGCAGAUUCGCCUCUGGGGAUUGGAGGCCCAGAAACGGUUGCGGGCCUCCCGGGUGCUUCUUGUCGGCUUGAAAGGACUUGGGGCUGAAAUUGCAAAGAAUCUCAUCUUGGCGGGAGUGAAAGGACUGACCAUGCUGGAUCACGAACAGGUAUCUCCAGAAGACCCUGGAGCUCAGUUCCUGAUCCGUACUGGGUCUGUUGGCCGAAAUAGGGCUGAAGCCUCUUUGGAGCGCGCCCAGAAUCUCAACCCCAUGGUAGAUGUGAAGGUGGACACUGAGAAUAUAGAAAAGAAACCUGAGUCAUUUUUCACUCAGUUUGAUGCGGUAUGUCUGACUUGCUGUUCCAGGGAUGUGAUAGUUAAAGUUGACCAGAUCUGUCACAAAAAUAAUAUCAAGUUCUUUACAGGAGAUGUUUUUGGCUACCAUGGAUACACAUUUGCCAAUCUUGGAGAACAUGAGUUUGUAGAGGUAGAACUGGAUUCACUCCUCAUGUCACCCGCUAGGGAGAAAAUCAAAGUUGCCAAAGUUAGCCAAGGAGUAGAAGAUGGACCUGAUACCAAGAGAGCAAAACUUGAUCCAUCUGAGACCACUGUGGUCAAAAAGAAAGUGGUCUUCUGUCCAGUUAAAGAAGCUCUGGAGGUUGACUGGAGCAGUGACAAAGCAAAAGCAGCUCUGAAGCGCACAACUUCGGAUUACUUUCUCCUUCAAGUGCUCCUCAAAUUCCGCACAGAUAAAGGAAGAGAUCCCAGUUCUGAUUCCUAUGGGGAAGAUUCUGAGUUGUUGCUCCAGAUUCGAAAUGAUGUGCUCGACUCCCUAGGUGUGAGCCUUGACCUGCUUCCUGAGGACUUUGUCAGGUACUGCUUCUCCGAGAUGGCCCCAGUGUGUGCAGUGGUUGGAGGGAUCUUGGCACAGGAAAUUGUGAAGGCCCUGUCUCAAAGGGACCCUCCUCACAACAACUUCUUCUUUUUUGAUGGCAUGAAGGGGAAUGGGAUUGUGGAGUGCCUUGGCCCCAAGUGAGCUGCAGCCUUGGCAGUCCUGAGGUGCUACCCCAUCGCCUGCUCACUUGGCCUCCCUAUUCCCCUUCCCACCAUGGGCCACUCCAGACGAGGGAGAAGGGAAGUAAUUGGACCAAUACAAACCAUCUCCUGCGAGCACCAGGAUUGUGCAGAUGUGCUACUUCCGAUUACCAGCAGCUGCUAAACAAGGGGCAGAGGGACUGACUGUCCCCAUUCCACCACUGCUCAGGACUGUUUGUCAGCCCCAGCCUGCCAGUUCCCCUGAGUGGUGAUCACCUCAAAGCACCUCUGUGGCACCUUCCUCCGUCCUGGUGCCGUCACAGCGUCGCCGGCCCUCUGGGGUAUCGGAGAUGCCCGCUAGGAACCAGCACACCUUGUUGCUUAGGAGCCUCUUGCCAUUUCUUGGAUUUAUUCCCCACCUGAUGUCAUACAGAGAGGAGCAUGACUUCAGGUGGGGAGUAAGGUCCAGGCCCGAUGAAACAACAGUGGAGCCACAGUUCCAAAUUCAGACAGGUGCCUUGGAGAGGAAAGAGCAUGACAGGUGGAAUAUAUUUCCUCCGAAGUUUAAGAUCCUGAAAAACAACAGGUGCCAUCUGGUGUGUUGUGCUGCAUGAGUUCUAGUUUAGGAUUAGUUGUGGUUCAGCCUGGGUUUUGCAAAAAGAAAUGUUACCAAGUCCUCUUGGAUAUUAGGGCGAGACCCUCCAAGUUGAAUAGUUCUCAGAUUUUAGGAGAAGAGCUCGUUUUAAAAAGGCAAUGCCUGGGCCCCACCUCUGAAGAUUCUGAUUCACUUGGGGCUGAGCUCGGACAAGGAGCCUGGCCUUUUAACCAAACCCUCAGUAACUGAGGCAGGUGCAGGCCAGUCUGGAGGUGGUUGCAUCACACGUGUCCACCCUUCCUUUACCCUGUAUCAUGGCAGUUUGUGUUUUACAUGUUUUCUAUAUUUCCCUUAGUUGUUUAAAAAAGAACAAUAAUAGAAAUAAAGUUAUUUGCUUUAGGC